AUGCCGCUGCGCCCUCCUCUUGCUGCCUUUGACAAUGACCUUCGUGGUGCAGAGGCCGCUGCCUUUUUGGCAGGAGGCAAGAGUGCAAGAACCUCAAGCUCCUUCUUCAACACGACGAUCAAGUUCUUCCCAAAGGCGCCGGAGCUCAAGGAGCAGGAGGUCGACUGCGACCAGGAUCUUGCCGUCUGCAACAGGGAAUGCGAAAAGAAGUUUGGCGACAGACGAGCCGAGUUCGAAGAGCCGUGCAAACUGGCAGUGUCGUCGCAUUUCUCCGAGGAAGGCUGCUUCCCUCCCUUUGCGAAAGUGAGGGAGAGGCAGCUCGGGGAGCUCCUGAUCUCGCAAGUGGAGGUCGGUCAUGAGCUGUCGCAAUGUUCUGGUGGCUGGUCGAAAGUCAUUGCACAUCUUCACUCAGAUGUGGAGGGCAUGUUCAAGUAUUUCUUCCUGCACUUCGAGAAGAUGCGGUACUUGACCCUCACAGGCGACCACAUGGUCAGAGUACACGCUUCCGGUGACGGUGAGUGGCGUUGGCGCAAAGCCAAAGAGGUGAAAGAAGGAGAUCUUGUGGAAAACAGUGAGGGAGAGGCGAGAGCAGUGCUGUGUGUUACGACACUGGGCUGGCCUGGAGCCUAUGCUCCACUGACUGAGAGCGGUGAGCUCUUGGUGGAUGGCUGGCGCUGUUCCUGCUUCGCUCCACGCUUGGAGCUGUCGCACGAGCUGUGUCAUGCAGCGUUCCUGCCGCUGCGUGUGCUGCAUGCGACGGUGGGGCAGCUGCAACAUUCUCAGGCUAAGGAAGGCAAAGAUGCAGACAGCCCGCCGAGGCACCUGCGUGUCGGCAUCAAGGGCAACCCGCCUUUCUUGAACGAGGAGCCCUUUAGUUUGGUUGAAACCGACAGCUCGUUUUGGAUGAUUGAGGACGGGGAACUACACAUCCAGAUGCAGAAAGCCCACAAGGGCGAGACAUGGGCGGCGGCGCUCAAAGGUCAUGGGCAGUUGGACAUGUUCUCCGAGCAAGAGAUAAACAAGAAGCUGAUGCUUGAACGCUUCCAGGAAGAGCAUCCGGGCUUUGACUUUUCAGGGGCUUCCUUCAGUGGCCAAGCCCCGAGUGCCCGCCACCAAGUCACAGCGGCGACGCUUGCAGCGGUUCGCUCAUGUCCUUCAUGGUCCUGCACUCGUCCUAGGCUGGGGCUAAAGUGCGGAGUAUUGAUCGUAACGGGAACACGCUGA